ACAUAGAGUAAGAGUGAGCAAAAUGUCCAGAGCAAAUGUCUUGCUGGUGAUAAAUCUCGGCUGUGAGAUGUUGUACGUGAUUGACCAGAGACUCAAGGCGCAAUCCGUGAAUCUGGACAAAUCUGCCCAAGUUCUGCGCGACUUGACUGGAGUUUUGCUGGAUCCCAAGUUCCUCACGCAACUCAUCAGCUCCACCGAAGGUCCUGAGAAUCUGCUGACCAGCCAGCAAUGCCGCCUGCUGAUGUGGGAUAUUGCGAGCUGCUCUCUCAUGCGCCUGGACACGAAUUCCUACGACAAGCUGUGGGAUUUGAUGGUGAUGCUGCUCAAGUGGCAACUUCACAUUGCCGCCUAUCAGCCAGAGAAACUCCUGGACAUCACGCUGCGGCACCUGGAUGGCAUUGGGAGGCUGAUGACGGAGAUGAGGAAGUCCAUCUUGAUUGACUGUGCCAAGAAGACGGUCAUCGAUCACUGGGACACACUCGAGUGCCCGGAAAGACUAGCCCUUAUGCGAUCCUUGGUGAAGUGGCUGCGGCCGUUCCGCGUGAAGAUCAGCAUUUUGUUGCGCCUGGGAUUGCAGCAGAACGACGGGCGGUUCACGGAAGUGGGCGAGGACGAUCCCAGGCAGUUCUACACCAUGACGAUCGGCGAGAAUAUCUACGCCAAGAGUGCAAAUGUGGGCAGAAGUCGAACCGCUGGACAGCAGACAUCCCUGUCCGCCCUGCAAGUGGACUCGCACGAUCUCUCCACGCUGGCGGAUCAGCUGACUGUGGUGAGCGACGAGGGAAUGCAUCAGUCGACGUACUGCCUGCUGGACAACAUCAUUCUGAGCGAUGGAAGCGAGGAAGAGCCGAGUAGAGAUCCGGAAGCGCCACAGAAGUCGCAUGAAUUUGUCAGAAUCACUUCGGAAGACACCAUCGCGACUCGCCUGCAGAAUCUGGGCUUUCCGCCAGCGCAGUCCCGCGCAGAAGCCAGCGAAGAGUGUGAACUCACACCGCAUGAGCAACUGUUGCAACUCCUGGACACAGAAACACCCGACAAUUGA